CAAUGCCACUGGACAGAAGUUUACUUUUAUUUUCUUUUCAUAAUAUAUAGAAAGUCUGUACAGAAUUUGUAUUAAAACUGAUUAAAAGCUGAUACACUUUAAAUUAUAAGUAUUUUACGCUCAUAGUUUAAUAACUAUAGUCAGUUUUGUCUAUCUUUCUCGAACAGUAUGCGAUAAACAAGCAAACCUUUAGAUUUACACAAUCAGGGAAAAUAAGUAAUUUCAGUGUCAAAUUGACUUGUCUUUUUUUAGUUUGUCAAUAUUUUCAUUUAGUUUGCUUUGAGGCAGAGCUUUGAGUUUUCUUUUGCCUUUAAAAAUAAGAAUGAAAACAUGUUUUAUUUUGCGUGAAAUGGAUUCAACUUCGAACACUUUACCGGUUUAAUCCAAUCAUGACAGCAUUUUUAAGCCAGAUCCACUUUUGGACUACCCAAGAAGAUGUUAUUAUCAAAGAUACAGAUUAUGGUUGCUAUAAGUAUUUCCAAAAGAAAGAAGCUGGUUUAUCACAAAAUGCCCAAGCCAAAAAAGAAUUUUGUGAGCAAUGUGGAAUUAUUUAUAUUCCAUUCAAUAAAAGGCCAGAUAAGCUACGAGAUAGGUUGAAAGAACUUGAGGAAUACUUAGUUCAUAAUAAGAUAGUGUAUUACAAUUGGGACGAUAGCAAAUUAAAAAUUUUACUAUCCACAGGCCUUAUAGUCAAUUUGACUGUCAACUUAAAGACUGGUGAUCUAAUUAAUAUAAUUUUUGAUAAACAGUUAUUUCUUAAGCUGCAGGUUAAUAUAAUUUCUGACGGUGCAAUUUUCGGGUCACAAGUGAUUUGUGUAUGUAAUGAUGGUCAUGUAUUGGGCUUUGGUGGUUCAUGGAAAGAUGGUUGGGUUUUGGAUGGAGGUCCAAGACGACGGCUACAUUACCACAAUGAUUGGCUGGUAGUGUACGGGAAAACGGAGGCAGAACAUCCUCAGCCUUGGAGCCCUCUAACUAAAGAUCAUCAAAGGGCAAAUUUACAUUUGUACUGGAUCGGAAGUAGGGAUCCGGAAUUGUUAGCUUACAAAAAAACCGAUGGAGAACCUUUGUUGAUUGUUAUAAGCAAGAUUUGCACUAGAACACUUAUUGUAGUUGAACAGAAAGUUUCACAGAAAGGGGCUGUGUCAGUGGAAGUUAGUAAUUUCGAAUUAAUUGCGAAUACUCUUAAACGAAUCUCAGUAACGUCAGUGCCUUUACAAACACAUGUAAGUUGCACUGUUUUAAGCGAUAAUGAGGAGAGGCUUUUGAUAGGCUGUAUAGAUGGAUCUCUGGCAAUACUAGACCGAAAUCGAGGAUCGACAAGAAUUGUUAAAGCUGCUUUUAUUGCUACCUUAGCGGCUUGGCAUCCUGAAGGGGCAAUUGUAGCUGUUGCCAAUGAGAAAGGAUAUAUCCAGUACUAUGAUACCGCACUUAAUUCAAUCAAGAGCCAAUUAACUAGUGAAGAUUGCACACCUGCCACACUCCUAGAUUUAAGCGGGUAUUUUAAUGCCCAAUUUAAUGUAGUUUCCUUAAGCUGGGGUCCAAAAGACUUAGUCAUCUCUUUUGAGCAAGGGCCUUUGGCAAUUUUAACUCAUUCGGAAGGCUCACUGGGUUUUAAAGCGAUUGCUCGGCGUUAUAUCAAAUCUGGUAAAAUUGAACAAGCAGUUCGUCUGCUUUUAAGCUGGGACUUUAGUGAAAAGGUUUUUUUCGUUUUGCAUCAAAUAACCAUGCAACUUCUUAGGAAACCUCUGACUGAAGAAGUUGCUCGCUAUCUCCAGGAAGCAUUAGGCUCGUUUCACAGUUCGCCCAUACCGUUACCAACGCAAAUAAGGCAUAAAUUCGGUCAUCAAGUCAUGUGUAUAACAAGGCGAUUUUUCUACCAACUAGUUCGAACUCGCAUGUUUGAAACGGCAUUCUUAUUGGCUGUGGAUGUGGGACAUCACGAUUUAUUUAUGGACUUGCAUUAUAUUGCGGUCACAUUAGGUGAAACAGAAAUGGCUGCAGCUGCUAGAGCUCAAGCUUCAGCACUUCUAAGCCGAUGCUCCAGUGAAGCCUCAAACUGCUCACGAUCGUUAUGCUCUCAAUGUUCGGAUAGUGAGAGUUGUAGCAGUACCGCAAACUAUGAAGGCAACUUAAAUAACACAACUUCAAAAUUAGAGUUAUCUGCCGAAAACGUUUUAACAACCGAUUUUAUGCAGCCAAGUCCAACUACAUAUAGGUCGGAAAAUGAAGUGAAGACUGUUGAGAUAUCUAAAAAACCGUUUCCCCUCAAAGCAACUUAUGUUAAAGCUCCACAAGUGCCUGCUGAUUUUUUGAAACAAACGCUAGUGCCUCCACCGGUGCCACAGUUACCUUUCUAUAGAGCUUUGGAAGCACCUUACAGACCUCAGUAUGUGGAAAAUGCAGCCAAUCAACUAAAACCCACCAGCUCAAAUCAAAAAGAUAUAGACACGACCAAAAGUAAUAUUCCGACAAAUCAGAAUAUGGAUUAUAAUAUUUCUGGACUACCGCAAUAUUCAACGCAUAUACCGUCCAAUAAUUUCAACGUUCUCAAGGAGUCCAAACACCAUUAUAAUUCCUUAAGCAAAGAAUCUCCACCCCUACCUCGAAUUACAAAUAUCAGCUCCAAAUUGUCCAGAAGUUGUCAUACCUUGAAUAAUCAAGAUGAGCGAGUGGUAACUUUACCUCCACCAUCUGCGUUUUUAAAUGUUGAAAAUCAUCUGCCAUUAGACAACCUUAUUGAUUUUGAAGAAUCAACGCCAAAAAUACCAGCAACAAGCACAACAACUAGCUUGAAAAAAGUGCACACUAAAGUUAAGUUUUCAGACACUGUUACAGCUUUUAUAGUUCCUGAAGUGAAGCGGGCUGUUAAACCACCCUUGCCAUCACAUAUCACCGAUCCUCAAAGAGAAUUAGCCGAAAGUUUACCAUUAUGUCAUCCAAAUGAGGAUUAUUUGAAGGAUUUUGCGCCAGUCCGGAAAGAAGGCGAUAUUGAAUCAAGCGAAUCUACCGCUCCGCCAAAAAUCAAAGUUGUACACUUCGGAGUUGUGUAAGUGUGUUCUUAUUAACUACUGGUUUCAUAUGAAUUUGCAAACUGUUAGUUGAUCAGUAUUACUUUCAUUAUCUUAAUUUCUCAACAAUUUCAAUAAUAUGAUGAUAUUCUAAAGAAAUAAGUGACUUUCACUCUAACAGUAUUAUUUCGUAUUAUUUUGGUGACUGAACUGCAAUUUUUAUUUUUUUUGGCUAUUUUGGCAAACAAUGAUUGUAGAUGUUAUAGACAAACAUCUAUUAGUAACUCUUCGCAGCAAAAAUGCCUAUUUUUAGAUGUAUUCGGUUUUCUAUGGCACAUUUCAAUGUUUAUCAUAUAUAUAUCAAUGAUAAUCGCGAAAACGUGACGUAAUUCAUUAUAUACGAAAGCUUAUUUAGCAUCGUUAUCAACUUUACAUUACGCAAAUCGGUAUUUAUAUUUAAAGUCACUUUAAUAUUGUGUAAGUAUUGCGGUUUGAUUUUUUUUGCAAUUAAACAUAGUUGAAUAGAAGAAAACUCGAAAAUAGUUACUUCUGGCUACCUCGAGCAGGGUUUAUAAUUAAAAAAAUAGACGGAUUUUUUUUCAAUUAAUAAACAUUAAAAGUUCGAAAUAAUUUACGAAUUUGCGUAACUUGUAAGGAAGAGUGUCGCUUUCAUUUGUAUUAAUUGAUAUUGAUAUCAAUUUCGUCUAUAUAUACUAUGCAAAAACACGAAAAGAUUGAAACUCAGAUUGUUUCAAUCUUACACAAGGUUUGUCACUUUCAACAGUUCCAGGGCUCCGAUUUGUUUCACAAUCAUGUUUGGAAGACGAAAAAAAGCUCUCUUCGCAUUAUCUUGGAUAAAUGCCGGAUUUGCCUUCCUGUUAUUUUAAUGCAUUUUUGGCAAUAAUUAUCAGUCAAAAAAACAUGGAUUUUUUCCAGUUUACUUUUUCAAAAUCUUUAAUCCAACUUUGAACGCAAUACAUAUUCGAAAUUUGCAAAACGGUUAUUUUUACUGCACUAUUUAAGAAGGCAUUUUAUGUCAUUCCUAUUACCACUCGCGAUAGCAUGAAUGAAAUAAUUGCAGUACGGAUCCUUUGCAUUUUCAGAUAUUUCUAGAAAUUAACGUGAUUUAAGGAGUAAGAAGGGUAUCUUAAUUAGAUCAUAAAUCAUCUUGUGAAUUUACGUAAAUAAAAAAAAAACAUUAAAACGUCAUUCAAAAACUACUUGUUGACUUGACUAUAAUUAUUAUAGAUACUCUUAAAAGUAGAUUUCGAAUUAGUACUAAUUUGUAUGAAAAAUCCAAUAAAAAUGACCGGAGCUGAUAUUCAGGGAUUUCAUAAUUUUAUCAUCGAAGAGCAAAAUCUAAAUAUAUUAUAGACUUGUGGUGUUUUUUAAGUAAUACUCUGUAUCAUUAAAGUAUUUAUUCUCUUCGCACUUUUCAGUAGUAACUAAUGAACUAUUACGUUAUUCCAUCCUUUAUCUUAUAUAAGUUAAUAAAUUAUAGAUUUAUUACUGUAAGUUUUCAUUUAUUUUAUACAAAUUUUAGUGUAUUUUAUUGUCUAUUGACGUACUGUUUUAUGUAAUAUAUUUUGAUACAAUUUUUU